AUGGCCUACCGUGAACGAGACGUCGAGGACGAGGACAGCGUCGGUCCUCCACACCCGGAGGAUGGUGGCUACGACGUGGCCUGGCCCGCUGGCGCUGAUGAGCAUGAGGAAUUCUCUGCAGCAGUGGCCGAAACUGUCAAUGACAAAGGGUACUGCGUCAUCAGCAUGCCGCUCGCCGACGAGGCAGUGCCGGAGAUCGACGAAAGUGUGAAGUCGAUGGAGUGGGGCGUUUUCCCGGCGGAGACGGAGGAGGAGUACUUGGGUGUGGAGGUCAGCGACUGCAAGGUUGCCUGGCUCCAGUACGUCGGCUACCAGGCGAGCAGAGGUUCAGGGCUCCGGAUGUACGACAUCGAGGAGAUGGGACCCAACAUGCAGAUGGAUCGCCUGGCACCGCUGGAGCUCUGCGACAGAGCGCUGACCAACGUGGCAGCGCUGAUGUGGCCAUACACGCCCGAAUACGAAGAUGACAAGGCUUUUGCCGUGUUUCAGCGUACCAGCGGCCUGGUGAGAUCCUCCAUCAAUCCUGGUGACGAAGGCGUCAGGAGUCGGACCUUCGGGCAGGACGAGCAGAGCGAGCUCGACACGCACAUCGCCUUCGUAGAUGGCAAACGCCUUGCGAUGAUUUUCCUGGUAGACAAUGAUGGUGGAGAACUGGAGCUUUUUCCAAAUCCCACCGGCUACGACUACAACGAGGUGACACUUCCCCUCUCGAAGAACAAGCUCAUCGUCUUUCGAUGCGAUGCCCUGGGCCUGAACUACAGCUACCGCCCCAAAGGUAAGCACAUGGCCCUGCAGAGCUGGGUCCUGGACGUCCCAUCCGCCUGGAAGGACAAGGAGGAGGCGCUGCGCAUCCUGGACGGCCCGGAAGAGCCGGAGGGCCGGCGGAACAACGUCAUGGGGGUGUGCACCCGGUACCCUGGACUCGGAUUUGAAGUCCAGGCUUACUGGAACAUGCUGGUGGCUGGCACAGACACAGAGGUCAAAAUUCCCAUCCAGCGCUGGGACACAGACAUCUACUACAGGGCCGAGCAUACCAUCGGCUUUUCGAUGACCUGCCAUGGAGCGAACCUGCAACAGUCCGAAAUCGAGAUGUUCGACAACCAGUUCUUUGGCAUCGAGCAGAGAGAGGCUAUCGAAAUGGCUCCCUACAUGCGAGUGAUGUUAGAGGUGGGCUAUGAGGCCCUGCACAACUCGGGCCACCGGCGGAGUGAGUUGAAGGGCUGGAAGUGCGGCGUCUUCUGUGGAGAUUCCGGUUCCGAUUGGGACGGCAUUCACUACACCGCCCCGAAGGACAUGCCCCUCAAGUUCGGGGGCAGGGAGCGAUCUGCAGCUGCAAAUCGCCUGUCGCAUAUCUUCGGCUUGACUGGUCCAACAAGCACUGCAGAAACAGCUUGCUCGUCAAGUCUGGUUGCCACAGGCAUCGCACAGAUGACGAUGAGGGCAAAGCUGGAGGACCAGCAGACGCCCAACAUCACAACCGAGCUGAAGCACGGCCUUGUGAUCGGGAGCAAUCUGCUUUUGGGGCCCGGUGGCUACAUCUCCUUGAGCGGCCCUGGCAUGCUCACGCACCAGGGCCGGUGCUUCACUUUUGACAAUUCGGCGGAUGGCUUCGCGCGAGGCGAGGGCGUGGGCUCCAUCAAGCUCAAGGUCUGUGAGGACACAGUCGACGCAGCUGGCCGAGUUGCAAUGCUCAUCGGCUGCAGCGUCAACCAGGACGGCCGCAGUGCAUCCAUGACGGCGCCGCACGGACCAUCGCAGCAGGAAGUCAUUCGGCAGUCUAUGCGCGAGGCCGGCUUGUCGCCGAACAGUAUCACCAUUGCCGAGUGCCAUGGAACAGGGACGGCGCUUGGAGAUCCGAUCGAAAUCGGUGCCCUGCGAGGGGUCAUGCGAGCAGAUCGCGCCCGCCCGAUAUUGAAGACGAGCUCUAAGACGAACCUGGGCCACUUGGAAGCGGGGGCCGGCAUGGCAGGCUUGAUCAAAUGCAUCUGUAUGUUGAACUACUCUUCUGGCGCCCCCAACAUCCACCUUUUGGUGCUCAACCCGCACUUGGACGUGGCCGGUUAUCCCGUGUACUUCGAGUCGGAACUGCUCGACUACGGCUACAACAGCGGGCUCACUGGCGUGUCAUCCUUCGGCUUCGGAGGCACCAACGCUCGUGCAGACGUGUGGGGCCACGCGACCAAGGGGCAUCGCUACUGCAUCACUGGCCCGCUGGAGUCUCUGACGCAGUUCCAAAGAUAG